AUGAGCAAAAAGAGUUCCUCAACAAUUGAAUUAGACGAAACAAUAACAAAAAAUUUAUAAAACAACAAAAUCUCAUAUAAAGAAUAUAUAAAUACUAGUAUUUAAGUAAAAUAUAUGGUUCCUUGCACCGCAAAGUGUUUUGUUGAUUAUUAAACACCAUUAAGUGGAGUAGAAAAGGCUUGUCUCGCAAAAUGUAUUGAUAGGGUUGCUGAUUAUUACGCCAUCUCAUAAUCUGAAUUAAAUCCCAAUAAUAAAUAGAAUCAAAAGCAUAUGUUUUAAGCAUUUAACCUUCCAGUAAAAGACUGA